AUGCGGUGUUGUCGUUGUUCAAAAAAGGUGUUAAAGGAGCAAUUAUUGUUAAUAACAACUGUUACAUCAGUAGCACUCGGUAUUAUAAUUGGUAUCGCACUAAGAACGAUCAAAUGUAAAACUGAUCAAAGAAUAGAUGGUUGUCGUAUUAUCAAAGAAGAUAUCACCUACAUUGAAUUUCCGGGAAAAAUAUUCAUCAAUAUUCUUAAAAUGUUAAUAUUACCUUUAAUAGUAUCAAGUAUUAUAUCAUCAUUAGCCCAAUUAGAUGCACAAUCAUCGGGAAAAAUGGGUGUGCGAGCAUUGAUCUAUUAUCUUGGAACAACAUUUAUCGCUGCAAUUAUAGGUAUUAUCUUAGUGUUAACAAUAAGACCGGGAGGUCGCAGACAAAAAGUAGAAAUAAAUGCGAAAGCAAAAAGUGCUGAAGGAAGAACUAUAGACACAAUUUUAGAUCUAUUAAGAAAUCUGUUUCCAGACAAUAUAGUGGAAGCAACAUUUCGAGCAGUGAGUCAAAUUAGUGGUACUGAUUUGAAAAUAGAAAAUGUAACAGUCGGAUCUUCUCUGAGUAACGGUCUAGAUGCCAGAAUACAAUACAGAACCAAAUAUAUUGUAAACGAAGUUAAACGUGAUGGAAUCAAUGUAUUGGUGUUUGGAGUAAUUGUUAGUCGAUUAAGAGAAAAAGCUAAAAUUAUAAAAGAUUUUUUUAAUGCAAUGCUCGAAGUUGUAAUGCAACUUGUGCGCAUUGCAAUGUUAUAUAGUCCAAUUGGUGUUUUUUUUUUAAUUGUUGCAAAAAUAUUAGAAAUGGAUAAUUUAGCUGAUUUUGUGGGCUCAUUAGGUUUAUAUAUGGUGACCGUAAUGGCUGGUUUAACGAUACACGGUUUUAUUUUAUUACCGACACUGUUAUUUUUAUUUACACGAAGAAAUCCUUUUAAUUCAGCAACAUUACCAGUUACCUAUAAAUGUGUGGAAGAGAAAAAUCAUGUUGAUCCAAGAAUAUCGCGAUUUAUGCUGCCUGUGGGCGCAACUGUCAAUAUGGAUGGAACAGCUCUCUACGAAGCAGUGGCAGCCAUAUAUAUUGCACAAUUGAAUAAUAUUUCAUUGAAUGCUGUUAAAAUUAUAACAACCAGUUUUACGGCUACUCUUGCGAGUAUUGGAGCAGCGUCUAUACCUCAAGCAGGUUUAGUAACAAUGGUUAUUGUUUUAAAUGCAUUAGGUUUACCCAGCGACGAAGUAAAAGUAAUUUAUGCUGUUGAUUGGCUUUUAGAUCGUUUUCGAACAGUGAUCAAUGUUUGGGGUGACAGUAUUGGAUGUGCAAUUGUUGAAAAAUUAAGUUCAAAAGAACUGGAAGCAUUGACUAUCAAAGAUAAAGUACAUUUAGAAGAUGAUGAACAAAAAAAUAGUAGCAAACAAAAUGAUCAUAAUAGUGAUUAUGAAACAUACGAUAAUCCAACAUUUGUCGGUAUGAUUAAAACAUAUUUAUAA